AUGCGAUUUUCAAAGCGUGUGCUCACAGAUAUGAGGGAAACCCUAGGUUUGGACAUGGGUUUCUUUGGAAAUUGCAGGGUAUACCAUAAAGUUCUUGCAUGGGAAUGUUUGGGAGAUAGAAAUGGAUUGUCAGAAGCAGCUUUUGCUCUAGGGGACGCAGGGAAGAAGAUGGAAAAUAAAAGGAUACUCGAUUUGAUUGAUCAGUUGGAAGGUGAUAAUUUUGAAUCCUAUUCAAUAUCCACUAUUAACAGUCGAGACCUAAUUUCUGCUAAAUUAGAUAAUCUGGAGUCAAAUUCAACCAUAUUUGAAGAAUGUUGUGAUCCGAUUCAAGUUUCUUGUUACAUUGAGCCUGUGUUGGGAGAAGGGCAAGUACUAAUCCUUCAAUCGCCACCGGGGGAGGGUGGAUUUAGCAGAGUGGCUAUGGUUAUGCUACCAAAGGAUGGGGUUGUCAAGUUGUGUGAAGAUACUCUUCUCCUCCAAUUUAACCCGACUAAUUUGAGGGGAAUAUGCAGAUUACGAAAUAUCGUUUGA